GGCCUGAGGACCCUAAAAAUAAGAAGACUGAUGGGCUGUUCUUCCAUCGUCCCUUUCCCUUUUAAAAAGCAGCGGGCGGCAACCGAAAACCCUCAAAAUGCUCAGCUCCUCUUCGAUCUCAAAAACUAUUCAAAAGCAGGGCGAAAUUUUUGAGCAAAAACCCUAACCCUAGCUUAGAUCUCCGAUUUCUUUCAUCAAUGGAGCGUGAUCCAAACCUCUCUUCUCUCCUUCGCAAUCUCAAGGUAGACGAACCCUGGAUCCCUCCAAAGACUUGGGAGUCGAACCCCUCCGAGAGUGGACUUGAUCGACCUCUCGGUUUCGUUCAAAACCCUCAAAUUUCGAUCAACGAUCUCUCCGCCAUUUCUGAAUCGGUUUUAGUUCGGCUAGCUGUAAAUGCGUUGCAAGGAGUAAAAUCGGCAAUAGUUCAAAUUGAUCAGAUCUCUGAGGUAUUCUGCUCGACGGCCGCUGAUCGAACUUUUCAUCAAAUUCCAAGCUUGUGGUGCCGAUCAUCGAGCACAAGCGCACUAGGGAAUAUGCUUAAAUCGAUAAGCCAUUCAGGUUUUAUCUUCUUCUUCCUUCGUGAAUUUGUGAACCAUUAUCUUUAUUCGAGUACAAUUGGGAAAAAUGGAAAUGGAAAUGAGAAUGAGAUGAAGAUGCACCCGCCUUAUAGCCUCGUGAAUCAGGCAUUUUCUGUAGCUAUUAGUAAAGUUCUAGAGGGAUAUCUUUCUGCAUUGAAUACGUUGUUGUCUUCGGUGAAAUUGAGACGCUCUGCGAAAUUUGAUGGAGGGUGCACUCUCAUGAGUGUUGUUAACUCUGAUGUUACUCUUCUGGAGGUUUACUUGCACAGUGAGGAAUUGAGGACACACAUUGAGGCUCUUGGAAAUAUAUGUGCUCCCAAGGUUGCAGAUUUUGCUGCCUUAAAGGGAAAUUUUACUGCUGAGACUGAUUUUGAGUUUCAUGACUUCCCGAGAGGAGCAGAUUUGCUUACAUAUUUGUAUGUUCUGCUCAGAGAUGCUGAUCCUGGUCAUCAUGCACUUCUGAAAUUUCUGUUCAUCCAAUCAUGUGAACCUUACUGGGCUUUUAUCAAAUCAUGGAUUUAUAAUGCAAGAAUAGAUGAUCCUUAUGGAGAGUUCUUUGUGGUGUAUUCACGCACUUCACCAGAUUCAAAUGUUAUAACUGGCUCGCUCAAUGAAAUUUCUCUGGCAUCCAUAAAGGAGCGAGAAAGCUCUUCAAUUCCUUGUUUCCUGAAAGAUGUUUGUCGACCACUUAUUCGGGCAGGACAGCAACUGGAAGUUCUUGAGAAACUGCUGAACGUGUGCAAUUUUUCUGUGCUUGAGGAUUAUGAAUAUUGUCAUCUGGCAGAUCUUGAGGAUGUACUUCCUGGUCGGGUUGGCAUGCUGAGCAAUACAGCACCUUUUCUGAAUCAAUUGACAUUCAGCAGAAAAGGCGUACAAGCCUUAUUGCUUAAAAGGGAAAUUAUGUAUGAAGCAGCUGUGAAGGAACUUCAAAUUUUCUUCACAAAUUUGAACCUUAGUUAUCAAAGGAGGCAUCACUCUGUAAUUCCUUUUGGUAGCAUGAUAAGCAGAAAACUUGGCGUGAAUUCUCCCUUCGCUUUGAUCUCUGACACAGACAUGAAUGUUACUGAUGAACAAGGAGAUAUACACGUUGUUGCAGGUCUUGAAGAUACUGAUGCUAGUGCAUCUUAUGAAUCUUUAUUUGACUCUGAACAGUCACAAUCUUCAGAAAGCUCCUCUCCUUGUAGUUGUGAAGACGAAGUUGCUCCUGGAGCAUUUGCUGAGCUGCCUGAUAUUUUGCACCAACCACCGCAGUUCUUGUUUUAUAAUUUAGAUACAUGUAAUGCUAGAGGACAUACGUUGCAGAAAGCUGAAACUGAAAAUCCACGUACUUUUGAUUACUAUUUCUGUAAAAAAUGUGAAACUACGGAUACCAUCAAUCCACUUUUUGACCACUCUCAGGAGAAUGGGAAUCAAGAUCAAGUGAGAGAAAAGAUAAGCGAGAUAAAUAUUACUUUUAAAUCUGAUGCAACUGGAUAUGUUAAAUUAUCAGAGGCUAUGGAUGAUGGGAAUCUCUCUGGUACAUGCUGGCCACUAGGAGCAUUAUCAAAGAAUCCUUUCCAUGACGAUAUGAAGCACCAGGUUUUUAAGCAGCAUCGGUUCCCUGGAUCUUGUCAGCAGAAGGCGAAUGGGAGGAUGGAAGCCUUGGAAGAGGGAAAAACAGAUAGGAAUCAAAUGUUAUUCAGUUCUGAGUUAGAUGCAACUGGAAAGACCGAAAUGAUUAAAGAGAAAGUUGAAACUCUUUCUUUGCACAUUCAGCAAUCAUGGAAUUCAUGUGAUAGCUAUGAUCUUAGCAUUAACCCUACAUUAGCUAAAACUGCUUGGCUUCGUACAGUGCGUAACGUAAGAGACAAAGGUGUAAUCAGUGCUGGAUCUUGCUUUCCAUACUUUGAUUUCUCAUCAGUUUCAGAUCCUUGUAGGGGUUAUUCGGAGAGUCUGAUUGCCAGUCAAGGCCAUGGAUCUCAAGUUAAAGCUCCUAAACUUGUGUCUUCUGCUUCUCUUGCUGUAGAAGUAAAUGGAAAUCCUGAUGAUAGUGCCCGAGAUACCGUAACAGGUCAACCAGUUCAGAGUCCUGGUUGUUCAUUUAGACAAACAAAUGAACUAUUACAUGUCCUUCCACCAAGUGCUUCUGGUGGAUCAAGUUGGGAGCGAUUAUUGAAUUACCCUGGCGAAGCAAGCUCAUUUUGCAAUGAAGAUGAAUCGUCUGAUUUGGCGGAAACUUUUGAGACCCCACUUGAUGUAAUAGUUGACAAAUGCAUACUACAAGAAGUCUUGAUUCAAUAUAAAUAUGUCAGCAACUUUGCCAUCAAGUUAUUGAAAGAAGGUUUUGAUCUGCACAAUCAUCUAGUGGCAUUGCGGCGCUACCAUUUCAUGGAACAAGCAGACUGGGCAGAUUCAUUCAUUUUGUCUCUUCGUGGUCAAAAAUGGUCUAUUAUUGAACCUGGAGAGAAGAUAGCCAAAAUUCAAGGGCUCCUUGAUUUAGCACUGCAGAGGUCUUCUUGUGGGAAUGAUCCAUAUAAAGAAAGAUUAUUUGUAAAAGCAAAUGGACAACACAUGAUUUCUCAGCAAAAUUCUGCAAUUAGUAGUCUCCAUGCCUUCGAUUUUAUGGUGUUGGGUUUCAGAGUGGAUUGGCCUGUUAAUAUCAUUAUAACUCAGGAUGCAUUGAAAACAUAUGCUGAGAUUUUCAGUUACCUUGUUCAAGUCAGGCUUGCUUUUAUUUCCUUGACCGAUGUGUGGCACUGGCUAAAGGCUGAUAGUUAUUCAACUCAUCAUAGUCAAAGUACAGGAUACCGCAAGAUGGACUUGACGAUGAUAAUGAAAAUGAGGCAACAAAUAAAUCACUUUGUGCGUACAUUGGAAGAGUAUGUGCAUUCCCAUCUGUCAGAUGUAUCAUGGUGUAAACUCCAGCAUUCCCUUCAGAAUCGGGUCAAAGACAUGUUGGACUUGGAAACAGUACACAAGUCAUAUCUUGCUGAUGCCUUACAUAUAUGUUUCUUAUCUGCUGAGACAAAACCAAUAAGUAUCAUAAUCAAGAACAUCUUGCAAUCUGCAUUGGAUUUCCGGAUGUGCUUCCCUGGCAGCUCUUCCAUGGAUGCUGAAUCUGACGGCAAAGGUCCUUUGGACUUGUGUCGUCAGAUAAACUUUGCUCAGGUUUUUUUAAUAAAAACUACAUUUGAGAGGAACAUCAAAGAUUUGUACGUCUUGUAUUUGAAGUCUCCAAAGCAUGAUGAAUUUAGUCUUUGUCGUUUCUGGAGCUACCUCAAUUACAAUGACUACUACUCUGCCACGAUUGCUAAAGAAAUGGGUUUCUUAUAUCGUUAAGUCAUUUUUGGAAAGGAGUUGUUACGGAGGCUUCACCUAUAGUUGAAAAAGUUCCAUAAGACAUUACUAAAAGAACAUGCGGUUUCUGGGUCUUUGAUGCAGUGACAAGGCAAAAGAUUGUAAAAUCAAGAGCAUGCUGGUUGGAGUUUAAUGCAAGGAUUAACCCUUUCUUCCCACUGGUACCAGUUUGGAUGUAGGACACUUUGGGGGCCCGAUACAUUUUGAGUCCAUGUUGAGUUCAUUUUGGGCAGGUGCUGGAUCAGUGAUCAUUUCGUGUGCAUCAAGAUUCUGCAAUGACUACUGCAGCACUACUAGGAACAGAUUUAUUAAAAUGUUUCUCAUUUUCUGAAGUAUAUCAAUUUUGAUGGUACAGAUAGAGCUCCACCUCUUCAGAACCACUUACGCCUUGUCAGGUAAAGUAAUUUCAUUGGAGGUUUCUAAAUUGAGCGAUUUUCGAGUGGAAGGGAGAUGGAAUAUGUGCGCGCAUUUCAUAUUGUAAAAUAUUGUAAUACAUGUAGGCAUAAGUUAUUAGUUGGUUUAAUUCACUUGUGCUCUUCCUGAAGUUUGACAGAACUGAUUUCGUUAACAGAGAGGAUGGAGAAAGCAUACGUGUAAACUUUUUUUUUCCCUCCAACUACGGACUGUAUUUGGGUGCUGAUUGAUGAUAAAGAAAGAAGGCAUCUGCUUGUUCAGUGUAAUUUUUGGUUGUUCAAUGUAAUUUAAAGAUCUAGUAUUGUGGAGAUGCCAUCUACGUAUAAUGAUAUUUUAUCGUGACAGCUAAA